UUUGAUUAUUUGAAUAUAUUUUCAAUCAUGAACGCUUACGGAUGAUCUGUUCCCCCUUAUUCCUCUUAGAUUCUUCAAACUUCGAAGCCGAGUGAUUUUCUCCCUAAGGAAAAGAAGAAGCUCGAUUCCUCGCUCUGGUCUUUUCCAGAAUAAUAUCCAGUACGAAUACUGCCUUUUCAUUCUGCUGGGCCCUAAAUCUUUUGGGGUGUUAAAUGGAGAAUGGGGAUUCUGUGGAGGGACACAAGCUCUGUACCCAGAUGCAGUUGCAGGAAUUUGCAGACAAAUAUGUGAUAAAGCCCAUUGAUCCUGGUCCUUUUCGUCCUUUAUCCAUCAGCCGCUUCGAUGGGGUCAUUCAGGAGAUCAGUGAACCAGUUGAUGAGACUCCCAGCAAAGUUUCUAUUAUAUAUGGGGUGGUUGGGACGAUUAAAUUACUUGCAGGAAUGUAUCUGCUUGUUAUAACAUCUAGAAAGCAAGUUGGGACACACAGUGGGUUUCCCAUUUUCCAAAUAGUAUCCAUGAAAUUUCUCUCCUGUAAUGAGGCACUAAAGCAAUCUAGCUAUCAAGAAAAAAGAGAUGAAGCUUACUUUAUGAGUCUUUUAAAAACUGUGGAGUCAACUACAGGAUUGUACUUCUCAUAUGAAGCAGAUCUGACAUUAAAUUUACAGAGAACAUACAAGUUGCCUCAAAAGAGGACAGUACAGCCACUUUGGAAGCAGGUGGAUCCUAGGUUUUUGUGGAAUCGAAACUUGUUAGAAGAGCUUAUUGAGUCCAAAGUAUGGAUUUUAUUGCUUUGUCCCUUUUCAUGUGUCUUGGGAGUCUUUGGGAGUUCAAGAUAUCACGCCACUGUGCAGAUCACAGUCAAAGGUUCACCUGCACAGAUUACCCUAAUUUCAAGGAGAUGCACACGCCGUCUAGGAACUAGAAUGUGGAGAAGAGGAGCCAAUUUGGCCGGAGACACCGCUAAUUUUAUCGAGACAGAACAGUUGCUCAAUUUUGAAGGUUUCCAAUCCUCAUAUUUACAGAUUCGUGGUUCCAUUCCAGUUCUUUGGGAACAAAUAGUGGAUUUGAGCUAUAAGCCAAGGCCGAGAAUUAUAAAUCAUGAGGAAACACCAAAUGUUGUGGCACGCCAUUUUCAUGAUCUUACGCAACGCUAUGGGCAAGUUUUGGUUCUUGACUUGACUGAUCAGCAUGGGGAUGAAGGCCAACUAAGCGCUGCAUUUGCAAAGGAAAUGCACAAAUUGUCUCACAUAAGAUAUUUGUCUUAUGAUUUCCAUAGCCUUUGUGGCAAAGGGAACUUUGAAAACUUGGACAAUCUCUUUGCCCAGAUCUUUGAGGACUUUGAGAAGCACAGAUUCUUCUUAAUGAAAUCAGAUGGAGAAAUACUCUUGGAGCAAACUGGCAUUGGGAGAGCCAAUUGCAUUGAUUGCUUGGACCGUACAAAUGUUACUCAGAGUUUUCUGGCUUGGAAAUCCUUGAAUAUACAGCUGGAGAGGAUGGGGCUGGAUUCCCCAGCUGAUUCAAUGCCUCAGCAUUCUGAUGUUUAUGACAAGUUCAGGACAUUAUGGGUUGAUCAUGGUGAUGAAAUAAGCCUGCAGUACUCUGGUACGCAUGCCCUAAAGGGAGACCUUGUCAGAUAUGGAAGACAAACCCUAGCUGGACUAGUAAAGGAUGGAAUGAGUGCCGUUUCACGAUAUUAUUUGAACAAUUUCCAUGAUGGUGUUCGACAGGAUGCAAUGGAUCUCAUAAGUGGUCACUACACCGUUAGUCGGAGUUGCCCUUCUCCAUUUCCGCUGAAUGGAUUUGAAUCAUUUUCAUACCUCCCAGUUGCAUCAGCUAUAUUAGUUGGAGGUCUCACAUUGACAACUGUUUCUCUUAAUCAAGCUGGACGUGGUGCACAACAUUUUCUGUCAUCUGUACUCUGGGCAGGGAUGACCGCAGGUUUAAUGGCUGUUGUGAAAGCUAAUGGGAGACAGUUCUGCUCGAGGCCUCACUUGUGUGAUCUCCUGUGACUUAUCUAUAAACCCUGCAGAAUAAGCUCAACAUGUGUAAUAAGAUGGUGAAUAAGGUUGUUUUAUGUUCCACGAAUUUAACAAUUAAGCCUAAAAUGGGGUGAAUUAAAAUAAAGAGGGGCCAUGCAUGGCUAUUUUCAGA